AUUUAAACCCAAGUUGGCCUCCGUAAAUUAUUCGAUAUCGAUCUAUGACGGCAAAUCCAUUCUGGAUUUUCCAUUCACUUUCAUGAAUCCUGACAUCAGAUAAUGUCACAGAAAGGAAACGUCGAUUUUUGCCCCGUUUCCAGAGAGACGUGGGAGGAACGGGCGAAGGCAAAAAGUGGAGACUGUGGAGGACAGAGUGUGUACCAUUGUCUGGCUGAUAACGAGGGCUGGAAGUGGGAGAGAUGUGUGGAGAAAUCUCGGAUCAAAGAAGGUUAUUGUCCUAUCUUUACAAAUAAAGGAUUCAUAGACUGGAAGUUAUGUAACACAUCUAUACCCACUUGUCCAAACGUUUCUUAUGUGUCUAAUGAAGUUUACAAAUAUUCACACUGUUUUGGUAACAACAGUUUCCAUAAACAAACAGGCUUUGGUCACAAUGAAAAUGAAAAUGAAAUCAAUGUUGCCACGGUCAUUGGUAUUGUCUGUGGCCUGUUAGCACUUGCAGGAGUUGUCAUGGCUUUUGGGUUUUUACGUAUGCGGAGAAGAUGUAAAAAAUCAUAUUCAGGAGAAGAUAACAUGGACAUACAAACGCUACUAUCAGUUCGAAAAUCCAAUGAAAUUGUGAAAGAACAAAAUGUCCACCACGGAAUUGCUCUGCUAUCGAGACAAAAAGUAAGAUCGAUAGUUGUUGUGGGAAAAUUUGGUAAUUCCGUUGCGAGCACAUCCAGGGGUAUCUUAAAGAAAUUCCAAAAGAAGAGAAACAACUGGAACUCCCAUGAAUGUCGGUACACAGAUAUUCCAAACAAUGUUAAAGAAAACACAAUUAUGUUUGUGUACGGGUGGUUUGGGAUGUGGAACGAUGACCUCUGUUCAGUAGACAGAGUUAGAGUGGCUUGUCAGUCAUUGAUACGAAUAUUGAAUGAAACAAACAAUGUGAAAUUGAUAAUUGGAAUGCGGUCAGAUCUUAAUAAAAAGUACCACGAAGAACUGAGCGAAGUUGACAACCAGAAUAGGAGUUUAUUUCAUUACGAAAUUAACCUAGACAGCGGCGGGGAUGUUGGAAAAGAUAAGGAAUAUUCAAGAUACUUUAAAAAAAAGAUUAAGAAACCAUGUAAACAAAGAGACUGUGCCUGCAAAAGUUUGAAUUACGAAAUGAUUCGAGAUGGAGAGGAUACAGUUGUUGGUAUGCCUCUUAAGAUCAAUGUCAUUAAAGAAUACCAUGAACUAAUACCUCAGUAUUUAGACAACUGGGAUAUUUUGAGGGUGAUGAGAGACCAUUUUACUGCUUUAGAAAAUGACAGAGAAAAAAAGUACGCUUACGAAUGGAUCGUGUACAUCUGUUUGAAAGGAAAAUUUCUGCGAUCUGAUGAAUUUGAUACUAAACUAGUAAGAGAAAUGGGUUUUGAAAUUGAACAGUCAUCCUUUAAUGAGGAAGAUAAGGAACUAUGUAGAUACAUACGAAUGAGGAAUUCUGAUAAACUAAGAAAUGUGCCACCUGAAAAUGCGCAAUUCGUUUUCUGGCAUCCAUUUAUUUAUAUUUGUGCCUUUCAUUUCUUGUUUCAUAAGAAUCCCGCACUCGUCAUGAAACAAUGCAAUGUAGACGCCAUUUUACAACUAGUUCGACCAAAAGAGGUUACAACUUCAUAUUUUGAAGUCGCUGCAGAUGACGAGUGUGUCAUGUUGUUUAUUGAAAGAAUGCGCUCUUUGGGUAUCAAACAAGAAUAUGCAAAUCAUCCAUUGUUUCAAAAAAUGUUUACGGAAAUGGUAGCUGGAGCUAUUAGAAUGGAAAUGUUUGGCAUGUUGAAUGUAAUUGAAAAGGCUUUUCGUGAAGACAUAGGUCCAACGAUGAUAGAACUGAAUGAGUAAACGUUCAACACUGUCAGAUGAAAAACAAAAUCAUCCGUUCAAAUGAUGACCUGUAUUAUCCUCGAGUAUUUAUUUCAAAGGUAUCUCUAUUCUUUACCUGCUCUAAUAAGUUUGUGCAAAUACAAUUACGUUUUUUUUUAAAUCAUUUUGCAAUUUAUACUUGUUCUAGGCUCUUUGGUCAUUGGAAAGUUAAAGCAUCAAUAACAGUAUCAUAACUUCAGUAUAGUACGUCUUUAAAUAACAUUAAAUUUUACAUAUUUUCUUAUAUUUGACUCUCUUUUUUUUUAUUUGAAAGGAUUUCUCUUGCUCGUAAUAAAAAAAUCCAUUUAUAAUAGUCUAAAAUUAUUUUAUGUAUAGCUAUAUAUUCUACAAUUAUGUGAGAUAUAUCUUGUUGUAUAUGUUGUACAUGUGUUGUAUGCCGUUAACAGCUGUUUAAAUUUAGUGUUGCAAUGUGCGAUUUAUACCCAUUCUAAAUAUGUAGAGUCUAUAAGGGUCCAAUCACCUCUGAAUUAAUAUUUUAUGCUAGUUUGCCAUAACAUGAUUUAAAUGUACAUGGAUAUGUUGUUUGUGUGUUUGUCAAACUUAGUAGCUCUGGUAUAAUUGUGUCAGUGUACUAUCUCUCAUUCUGAUUACUACACAUUAGUUUACAUCAACUACAAUAAAUGCUUGAAAAUCAU